CCUCUAUGAAAAACAACAACAAUCACUACAGCAGGGCCAGGGAAAAGAGAUGGCUCUGUGAAGCUCCACACUUCUGGUCCUCAUCACAGAUAUAAUCCCAGCCGUGCUGCUGCUAUUUCUACCGGAGCUUUGUCGAUGGUGCCGAGCCCAUGAACUUGGCUAGUCAAAGUGGGGAUGCUGGCGGUAGCCAGCUCCUCUUCGCCAACUUUAACCAGGACAACACGUCCUUAGCUGUUGGCACCAAAUCAGGAUACAAGUUUUUCUCCCUGUCCUCUGUGGACAAAUUGGAGCAGAUAUAUGAAUGUACGGACACGGAGGAUGUGUGUAUUGUGGAGCGUCUGUUCUCCAGCAGCCUGGUGGCUAUCGUCAGCCUGAAGGCCCCCAGGAAGCUCAAAGUCUGUCACUUCAAGAAGGGAACUGAGAUCUGCAACUACUCCUAUUCCAACACCAUACUGGCUGUCAAACUCAACAGACAGAGGCUGAUAGUGUGUCUUGAGGAGUCGCUCUACAUUCACAACAUCCGAGACAUGAAAGUGCUGCACACCAUCAGAGAGACUCCGCCCAACCCCUCAGGAUUGUGUGCCCUUUCCAUCAGCAAUGACAACUGUUACCUGGCGUACCCAGGCAGUGCGACGAUAGGAGAAGUUCAAGUGUUUGACACAGUGAACCUGCGAGCGGCUAAUAUGAUUCCAGCCCACGACAGCCCAUUAGCGGCUCUGGCUUUCGAUGCCAGUGGAACCAAACUGGCCACAGCCUCAGAGAAGGGCACAGUUAUUCGUGUCUUCUCAAUCCCAGAGGGACAGAAGCUCUUUGAAUUUCGGCGAGGAGUCAAGAGGUGUGUGAGCAUUUGUUCAUUGGCGUUCAGUAUGGAAGGCCUGUACCUGUCAGCCUCCAGCAACACAGAGACAGUCCACAUCUUCAAAUUAGAAACACAGAAGGAGAAGUAUGUGCCUGCGGAGGAACCCACCACUUGGGGAGGUUAUCUGGGCAAGGUCCUGAUGGCGUCCACCACCUACCUGCCUUCCCAGGUCACGGAGAUGUUCACGCAGGGGCGAGCCUUCGCCACCGUCCGUCUGCCCUUCUGUGGACACAAGAACAUCUGCGCCUUAGCUGUGAUUCAGAAGAUUCCCAGGUUGUUGGUUGCAGCGGCUGAUGGUUACCUGUAUCUGUAUAACCUGGAUCCACAAGAAGGAGGGGAAUGCACACUUAUGAAGCAGCACAGGUUAGAUGGCAGUGCUGAACCACCCAACGAGAUCCUUGAGCAGGGCCCACAUGACCGCCCACUUGUGGCCCAAACCUACAGUGCUGCUGUCACUAAAGGUUAUUGUGAAGAGCAGGGCGCUGUGGGAGGAGCAGGCCUUGAAGAUGACCUCAAUGACUUGCGCUUAGAGGAAGAGAACGAGCAACCGCCACUCAUCCUUGAAACUGACUGACUUUUCGAACAGCUGUACCCACCAAUCAGAGGGCUCCUCUGGUGCUGCUAUGAACAUGUGACACAAGGGGGGCAGGGGCAGGAUCAAAGACGAGGGGGGGGGGGGGUGUAUUUUAAACGCUCAGAGCGUUCAAGAGCCUGUCUGUCUGUGCGUUUGUCUGUUCACAUCCAUGUCUGUCUUUUUCUUUCCCUCCUCCGCUUCCUUUCCCCUCAGUUUCGUCUGCGCAGGCCAAACUGAAGCUUUGCAUGUACAUGUGCCAACCGCUAAAAACAUGCUCCAAUGUGAAAACGAGUAUCUGCGUGUGUGCGUAUUGGACAUUUGAUCGAAAAAAACAAAAAAAAAACAAACAAA